UCCUCGUGGCCAAUCAUACGUUAUGUACCCGGAGAGACACUUCCCGUGCGCUCCUGGAGAUUCCCCAUCCCUCCUUAAUUAUUGUCUGGUACUUAGCAGGGCGCUGACCGGCGAACAGACGACAUUAGAGCGACGCGGGAGCUGCAGGGCUGCCACUCGGUCAGAGAGCUUCAACUGCGACUUUGUUUGGACUGACCUAUAAAACUGUGGCAAAUUUAAGUGGACUGCUUCGUUACGCCAAAUGUAUCCUCCUUCUUGGCGCUAUCCGUAAAUGAAUAUCGUAGUUUGUAAGAGACACCAUGACCUAGUCGGAGAAUAAGCACGCAUGAGUGGACGGCACAGACACUGAAAUGCACUCCACUGAAAGGUGACUUCCAGCGUUUUCCCCUCCCCAAAACUUUUGAAUAUGCCAGGACUUCAUAAUGAGCUCCAACAGCACAAACCCUGGCCUCUACCUGACCGUCAGCUCCCCAGGAAUGGGCAUUGAUGACCCAGACACCAACUCUCUCCACAAGGACAUCUGGCAAGAGCUAACCAGCCCCGAUGACAAUGACUCCAUCAGUGGCCUCUUCAAUUUUACAGGCUCGCACAACGAGACAGUGACCUCUCUGACCUAUGACCCUCUUGGGGGUCACACAGUGUGGCAGGUGGUCCUCAUUGUCUUUUUCACCGGCCUCCUGUCCCUGGUCACUAUAAUUGGCAACAUCCUGGUGGUGGUAUCCUUUAAGGUAAACCGCCAGCUCAAGACUGUCAACAACUACUUCCUGCUCAGCCUGGCUGUGGCUGACCUCAUCAUCGGGGUCAUCUCCAUGAACCUUUACACCACCUACAUCAUCAUGGGCCAAUGGGCGCUAGGCAACUGGGCCUGUGAUCUGUGGCUGGCUAUUGACUAUGUGGCCAGUAACGCAUCCGUCAUGAACCUGCUGGUCAUCAGCUUUGACCGCUACUUCUCCAUCACACGGCCCCUCACCUACCGGGCCAAGCGGACCACACGGCGGGCUGGCUUGAUGAUUGGCCUGGCCUGGUUCGUGUCCCUGGUCCUGUGGGCCCCAGCCAUUCUAUUCUGGCAGUACUUUGUGGGGGAGCGCACAGUGCCCCCUGAUAAGUGCUACAUCCAGUUCCUCUCAGAGCCCAUCAUUACAUUCUGCACGGCUAUUGCUGCCUUUUACUUGCCUGUCACUAUUAUGAGUGUGCUCUACUGGCGUAUCUACAGGGAGACGCAGAACCGCGCACGGGAACUGGCGGGCCUGCAGGGCUCAGGGAGCCAAGGGAGGGGUGGAGAAAGGGCUCAUUUUGUCCACCACCAGGCUGGGAGCGCCAGGAGCUGCAGCAGCUAUGAGCUAAGCCAAGUUUCCCAGAAGAAGAGCCCCAUCCAGGCGCUGGCCGCACGCUUCCACUGUUGGCCCAUGAUGCACUCCUGGAGGCCUGGCAGCGCCCGGCCCGUAGAGGGGGAUGCCGACCACAGCAGCAGCGACAGCUGGAACAACAACAACGCCAGGCUGUCAGUGGACCACUCGGGCUCGUCUGAGGAUGAGGAGAGAAAUGGUAGAAGGAUGAUGCCCCAGGACCACGCCAUCUUUUCCAUAGUGCUCAACCUGCCAGGGAUGAAGGCAGCCGUCAACUCCCACCUCACCUCCUGCGAGGACCUGGACAUAGCCUCAGAAGAAGACCCCCUGAAGGGGGAGGAGGACAGUCGGGACAGCCUCUCUACCAUCACCACCACCACCACUACUACCACCCCUGAUGGGGCCAACACAGACACCAACAGCUACCAACAACGCUUUCCCUCCCAGAUCUCCAGAUUCCAGUCCAUGCCUGCCAUCCAGGCCACCAGAGUGGGGCCGCUCUCUGGCUCCCCUGCCACCACCACCAAAUUACCCUCGAUGCCGAUCUCCUUCAGAGAGGCAGCUCUAGCCAAGAGAUUUGCCUCCAGGGCACGGACACAGAUCACCAAGCGCAAGCGCAUGUCUCUGGUAAAGGAGAAGAAGGCGGCACAGACCCUUAGUGCCAUUCUGUUUGCCUUCAUCAUCACAUGGACACCCUACAACAUCAUGGUGCUGGUCAACACCUUCUGUAAUGGCUGCAUCCCAGAGGCUCUGUGGGCACUGGGAUACUGGCUAUGCUACGUCAACAGUACCGUCAACCCCAUGUGCUAUGCCCUGUGCAACAAGACCUUCCGUACCACCUUCAAGAUGAUACUGCUCUGCCACUGGGACCAGCGCAAGCGGCGGCGGAAGCAACAGUUCCAGGCACGGCAGUCCGUAGUGUUCCACAGGAGAAUUCCUAAAAACUCAACGUAGUGAGAUAUAGACCCAGUGGGAAUUGGGUGAUGAAGAUGAUGAGUCUAGAAUCUGACAGCUCAGUGGAUGGAUGAGGCAUCCUAAAGAUUCUGUCUGUGGUUUUUAACUGCACAGAGAUUCACAAGGAGGCAGUCAUGUUGUUGCUGUGAUGGCUGAUGUUCCCAUUCUGUUUGCCUUCAUCAUCACAUGGAUGAUGUUGCUGGUCGUUUGCUGUGAUGGCUGAUGUUCUCAUUCUGUUUGCCUUCAUCAUCACAUGGACACCCUACAACAUCAUGGUGCUGGUCGUUUGCUGUGAUGGCUGAUGUUCUCUGUGUAGCCACAACCUCCCAAGUGACAUAUUCCUCUGUUUCUUCAGGAGAGCUCCUGUGGUGAAAGGUUCCUCUAGAUUGAUCAUUGCAGAGAAGUGCAGCUAAAAAGACUGACAGUGAAAACCAAUAGAGCAAGGACUUUAAAUGCAUUGGGGGGACAAUUCAAAGUGCAAUUGAUACUUAGGGAGAUUAUAUGAUGUAACAUUGUUAUGGAUUUGGGGUUUUCCAUUUCUUACCAUUUAUUUUGUGGUAGUCAAAUCUGUAACGUACAGAGCAGUUUGGGUUUUCAAAGUCAACUGCAUCUGUACUGUAAUAUAGUAUAUAAAGCAAAGGCCAAAACAUUUUGUGUCAAUAGACUGCACUGUAUUGAUUUUGAGCUCCCUUUUGGCUAACUGAAUUUGAUUUCUUUGUUAUAUAUGGGGCUUUUUUACUCUGACUUCUGUACAUUGCCUUCCACUUGGAUAUAGCUUUCUUGUGUCUUAUAAAAUGAGAAGAUAUUAAACAAAACAGUGUCCUAUUUGUGACGACCAGUUUUUCAAAGUUUUUGGUUGUUUUUGUAUAAUAAAUUGGUCUAUAGUUUUUCCUCUAUAGAUUCUGAGCCAGUCUGAAAAAAGAAAAUUUUGACUAUUCUACGGCACUUCAAUGAGCUGCUCGUGUUCAAUGUGAGUUGUUUACAUGGUGGAGACAAUAAGCGAAUCAACUUAUUCAAUUGUUUUUAUGUUGAGCGUAAUGGUAUAUUGCUAUUUCUAACUUGAUACCUAAUGAUUGAUUGUACACUAAAUAGAUCAGUCACUAUGAAUUGUAAUGUUUUGAUUUAUUAGGUUAUAUUUGAAAAGGUUUCUUCAUUUCUUCUCACUGGCUGUCCAAAUGUAAUUCCCUAACUAAGAUAUUCAUCUGUGGUCCCUAGAUGAACCCUCUCUUUCUCCUAGAGGAUUUAGCAGUGCCACAGCAGCAUCUGCUGGAUGAAUAGAAUUCUACACUAGUAACUUCCAGCUUACUGCCAUCAGGGAAAUGCUGUUGUGGGGCAAUAAGUGGGAGAUUGGGUGGGUUGGUCAAUGUCUGUACUCUCCUCGACUCCUCCGUGCGCCUCUCCUCCGUUACCUGGAAACCGAAAAGUGGUAGCCAUACAGUGCAUCCGGAAAGUAUUCAGACCCCUUACAUUACAUACUUAUUCUAAAAAAGAUCAAAUUGUUUAUUCCCUCAUCAAUCUACAUGCAAUACCCCAUAAUGACAAACUGGUUCAGACAUUUUUGCAAAUGUAUAAAAAAAACGUAAAUAUCACAUUUACAUAAGUAUUCAGACCCUUUACUCAGUACUUUGUUGAAGCACCUUUGACAGCGAUUACAGCCUAGAGUCUUCUUGGGUAUGACGCUACAAGCUUGGCACACCUGAUUUGGGAAGUUUCUCCCAUUCUUCUCUGCAGAUCCUCUCAAGCUCUGUCAGGUUGGAUGGGGAGCGUCACUGCACAGCUAUGUUCAGGUCUUAGAGAUGUUCAAGUCCGGGAUCUGGCUGGGACACUCAAAUACAUUCAGAGACUUGUCCCGAAGCCACUCCUGUGUUGUCUUGGCUGUGUGCUUCGGGUAGUUGUCCUGUUGGAAGGUGAACCGUCACUCCAGUCUGAGGUCCUGAGCACUCUGGAGCAGGUUUUUAUCGAGUAUCUCUCUGUACUUUGCUCCGUUCAUCUUUCCCUCAAUCCUGGCUAGUCUCCCAGUCCCAGCUGCUGAAAAACAUACCCACAGGAUGAUGCUGCAACCACCAUGAUUCACCGUAGGGAUGUUUUCAGGUUUCCUUCAGAUGUGACACUUGGCAUUCAGACCAAAGAGUUCAAUCUUGGUUUCAUCAGACCAGAGAAUCUUGUUUCUUUAGGUGCUUUUUGGCAAACUCCAAGCGGGCUGUCAUGUGCCUUUUACUGAGGAGUGGCUUCCAUCUGGCCACUCUACCGUAAAUGCCUGAUUGGUGGAGUGCUGCAGAGAUCGUUGUCCUUCUGUCAUCUCCACAGAGGAGCUUUGGAGCGCUUUCAGAGUGACCAUCAGGUUCUUGGUCACCUCCCUGACCAAUGCCCUUCUCCUGGAUUGCUCAGUUCGGCCGAGCAGCCAGCUUUAGGAAGAGUCUAGGUGGUUCCAAACUUCUUCCAUUUAAGAAUGAUGUAGGCCACUGUGUUCUUGGGGACCUUCAGUGCUGCAGAUUUUUUGGGGUACCCUUCCCCAGAUAUGUGCCUCAACAUAAUCCUGUCUCUGAGCUCUACAGACAAAUUCUUCAAGCUCAUGGCCUGGUUUUUGCUCUGACAUGCACUGUCAACUGUGGGACCUUAUAUAGACAGGUGUGUGCCUUUCCAAAUCAUGUCCAAUCAUUUGAAUUUAGCACAGGUGGACUCCAAGUUGUAGAAACAUCUUAAGGAUGAUCAAUGGAAACAGGAUGCACCUGAGCUCAAUUUCGAGUCUCAUAGCAAAAGGUCUGAAUUCUUAUGUAAAUAAGGUAUUUCUGUUUUAAAUUUGUAAAUGUCUAAAAACCUGUUUUUGCUUUGUCAUUGUGGGGUAUUGUGUGUAGAUUGAGGAUUUAAAAAAAUAUAUUUUAAAAUAAGGCUGUAACUUAACAAAAUGUGGAAAAAGUCAGUGUCUGAACACUUUCUGAAUUCACUGUAUGUAGGAGAGUUUCAAUUUGUUAAUAUUCAAACGGAGGAGUUUGCUCCUCUCCUCUGGCCAGAAAUCCAAUUCGAGAUUCUCCCAUAAAAUGCCAUUGCUGAGAACAAAUACAAAACUCAAAAGAGUCUGGUUAGACUAGCUUAAACCUGCUACAUAUGACACACAGAGCUGAAUAGUGGUGCUUUUCAUUUCAGUGAUUUCCAAAAUUGAACAUUUCUAUCAAUUGUACAUAAAGUUAUUUGGCUGUGCAAACAGUGUUAUUUAUGGUGAUUUAUCUACAUGUUUUAAUAUCACACAGUGCUAAAAUAAUGUAAUAGUUACAUUUUAAUGUAUUGUUAUUAUGUGAUGCACAAUGGUUCAGGCCUAAAUGUGAUGAAUACUGUUCAACAUUUUUUUGGCUGUUUAAGUGUAUGUAGUACACUUAGGUUUGUAAAGGGAUAGUGAAAGCAAAUACCAUACAUGUACCACAGAUAUGUUGAGUAUGUGAUAUCGAGUAGAAUAGCAGAAUGCUACCAUGUGGGGUAACACUUUAUAAUAACGAUCAGACAGGAACGUUAUUCUAAAGUGUUACCCAAUGGGGUAUGUAAGCCAGAUAAUGAUGAAAGAUAAGAGAAAUUAUUCAGUGUCUGAAUUGCCAAUGGAUAUUUUAACUGCUUUCAACACCAUGUGCUACGGUGUUAUUAUACUCCUGAUCAAGGGAGGUUUUAUGUUUGAGAUGUGAACUACCUGAAGUAAGAUCAAAUGAAUAAUAAAAUAUUACUUUUAUUGUUUUAUGUUACAUUUCAAGUAUGCUAAUCGUAUCCAUGUUAUGUCAAUAAACACAAAUAUUUUUAUUGACAGAAGAUGGUCUGUAUCAUCUUUACCGGCCAAAAAACAUUUAUUUGAAUGUUUAUAAAAUUGUAUUCCUCCAGUGUCUGAGUGAUAUUUGUAAUCACAGAAUAUUGAGGAAGAUGACAGUGCAGUCCCGUAGGUCUACAGUACAAUUUGUACAGAUGAUGA